GUUCCCAGCAGCUUAGGGUUUCAGAUGUCCCACCGCCGUUUGACCCCCUCCCCCGCCUUCUCCACCCCUGCAAAUGAGGUUUGACCAGCAGAGUUAGAGCCCACCUCUGGCUGAAAAGCACUGACAUUUAGACUCCAGGCUUCAACCUGUUUACAAGCGGCUUUCCAAGGGACUUGGAGGUGGAGGGUUAGAGCCAAACAAAACACCAGCCGCCAGCCGCCAGCCGCCCCCCAAACAAGAAGUGGCUUUCGGGAGACUUCUCAUCAACAGGCACCACCAAAAAGAGAAAGGAAGAAGAAGGAGAAGAAAACAACCGCGCCUGGGCAGCUGCCUCCAGUUCUGACAACUCCAAAGAGACACACUUUUUAAGUGGCCAGCAGGCUGGGACUCUGCAGAGAAGGACCAGAAGGUGCCAACCGCAGAGGGGCGCAGAUGUCUUCCCGCACCCCCACCCCACCCACUUUGGGUUUUCUUCACCGGGCUGUCAUCUGUUUUUCAGACCUCUUUUGCAUCUAACAUGGUGAAGAAAGGAGUGAAGAAGAGAACAAAGUAACCCCCGGGGUGGGGAGCGGAGAGCGCUGGUGACCGACACCACCAGUUCCUACUGCUGCGGCCACCCACGUCCACUGUUCACCCACGGACGGGAGAGACACAGGCAGCGGAUCUGAGAACGGAGCGAGGACAGGCAGCCGGCCCUUCCGAGGAGUUAUGGAUGUUGGUGUAUUCGCUUCUGGCCAGAUCCGUACCCGGAGGGAGCUAACCAGUAGCCACCACCUCCAGCUGUCUCUUUGCCUCGCACCAGGUCUUACCCUUCCAGUAUGUUCCUUCUGAUGAGACAAUUUCCAGAGCCGAGAGUUUCAGUACAAUGUGGAAAUGGAUACUGACACAUUGUGCCUCAGCCUUUCCCCACCUGCCGAGCCGCUGUUGCUGCUUCUUGUUGCUCUUCUUGGUGUCUUCCGUCCCUGUCACCUGCCAAGCUCCUGGUCAGGACAUGGUGUCACCGGAGGCCACCAACUCCUCUUCCUCCUCCUCCUCCUCUUCUUCCUCCUCCUUGUCCUCUCCUUCCAGUGCGGGGAGGCAUGUGCGGAGCUACAAUCACCUCCAAGGAGAUGUCCGCUGGAGAAAGCUGUUCUCCUUCACCAAGUACUUUCUCAAGAUUGAGAAGAAUGGAAAGGUCAGCGGGACCAAGAAGGAAAACUGUCCGUACAGUAUCCUAGAGAUAACAUCAGUGGAAAUCGGAGUUGUUGCCGUCAAAGCCAUUAACAGCAACUAUUACUUAGCCAUGAACAAGAAGGGGAAACUCUAUGGCUCAAAAGAAUUUAACAAUGACUGUAAGCUGAAAGAGAGGAUAGAGGAAAAUGGAUACAAUACCUAUGCAUCCUUUAACUGGCAACACAAUGGCAGGCAAAUGUAUGUGGCAUUGAAUGGAAAAGGGGCUCCCCGGAGAGGACAAAAAACACGGAGGAAAAACACCUCUGCUCACUUCCUCCCGAUGGUGGUCCACUCAUAGAAGAAGGCACUGUUGGUGGACACAGUACAACCAAAGACUCUUUGGCCAGGAAGAGCUGGAGUUGGUAUCCUCACAGAAGACUGUAGUGUAAAAGGCAAAGACCUAUCACAGAGCUCAGCUUGCUUAAAGGAAGGAAGGCUUUGGAGGCUUUUGUACUCACUCCUGACAUAUGAAGUUCUUUUCAUUAGCUCUGCGUCAUGCCUUAUACCCAAGACAGAGGCAAAUCAAGUGGGAUGGAAGUUAUCCCCAAGUGAACAAUGUUGUGGCUGGGUUUUUCUUUGUGUUUGUUUGUUUGUUUGUUUGUUUAAGUUUUUAUUUUUGAACUUCUGAGAUAGAACUUAAAGGACAUGGAACAAUCUGUUGAAUGAUCUUUGGGAAAGUUAUUUAUGGAAUAAUGAACACAUAUCAAAGACUUUCAUUGCUCAUUCAAGCCUGAUGAUUCAAUGAGCAGUAAGACACGCAAGCAUUUACUGGAAAGCACUUGGGUCAUAUCAUAUGCACAACCAAAGGAGAUUUGGGUGUGGCACCAUGGAAGAAUUGGAUCAGAUUUACAAAUAUAAACACAUUAGUGUGAAACUGUUCUAACAAUACAAAUAGUAUGGUAUGCUUGUGCAUUCUGCCUUCAUCCUUUACUAUUUCUUUCUAAGUUAUUUAUUUAAUAGGAUGUUAAAUAUCUUUUGGGGUUUUAAAGAGUAUCCUCAGUGCUGCCCUCUGAUUUGCCUUCUCAUUUUUUUUUUUUUUUUUUUUUUUGGCACCCUAUGCAUGUUCAUGACAAAGUGUUUUAAAAACUUGGCAAACACUUCAGAAGUAAGAGAUGAGCUCAAGGGAGCAGUACAAGUGCCCCAUGUGCUAUCAGUUGACUUAAUUUGCACUUCUGCAAGAAGAACUGUCAGGGAUGUCUAUGGCGGGGUUCUGCUAUAGCUUGAGGAACAGCUAUUUGUCAUCAUUUGCCAAUACACAUCAGUCCUGAGGCUUCCUUACCUAAAAACAUAGAAGGCCAAAUUCUCUUCCAUUGCCUUAUUUCAUCUCCAUGAAUAUACAAAAAGAAGGAAAAUGAAUUGUUAGAUUUUAGCCUAACCUUGUUUUUUUGUUUUGUUUUGUUUCAUUUUGUUCAUUUGGUUUUUUGUUUGUUUGAUUGAUUGAUUUUGUUUUUGACUGAUGAUGGCUCACUAUAGCUCACAGUGGCAAUGAUGGAAAGGUUAUCUGCAUAGACAAGAUCCCUUUGAAAGUCCCACAGAAUGCUUCCCCCCUAAAAGGAACCAAAAAGGAAUUUCAUAUGAAGUGCAACUCUCCCAGGGGCUAAAACUGAGUAAAUAUAUCCUGGUAUAUGUGUAACCACAUACUGAAAACCAUUCAAGCUGUAUGAUCUAGUCUUUACAAAACCAAAUAAAGCUUGUUUUCUGUACAUUUAAAGUCUUCUAGAAGGUUCCAUAAUAUAACCACAUCAAAAUUCAUUUUCUUAGAGCAGGUAUAGAAAGCAGAACAUAAGUGUACCACUCACUGUCACGUGUAUUUCACUAAAUAAACACAUAAGCCUUA